AUGCGCACAACAUACAUCACCGCCACAAUUAUCGCCCUACUGCUUGCAGCCUGGCUCGCCAGUGGCGUUCUGGGUAGCAAAGACACACCCAAUCCGGCCUCGCUGGCAGAGCAGAAUCGCGAGCAGAGUCGUGUUGAAGAAGAAGCAGCGCCCACCAAGGUCAGAGUCUCUGUUCUGCAGGCGACACCCCAACAACGACUGAUAAAAGUUCGUGGCAAGACCGAAAACAAACGCACCGUUGAUGUAAAAGUUGAACUUGCGGGCACCAUUGUUACCCGCCCUGUAGAUCGGGGCAGCCUGGUCGCUAAAGGCGACCUCCUGUGCCAGCUGUCGGUGGAAGAUCGGCAGGCCUCUCUGUCUGAAGCCCAGGCGGCACUUGCCCAGGCACAAAUUGAAUACAGUGGCGCACUGAGCCUGAAGGAAAAAGGCUAUAACUCAGAUACAGCUAUCGCAGGCGCUAAAGCCCGCCUGGCCGCAGCUGAAGCCAACAUCAGCCGCCGCACCCUUGAUUUACAGAAGAUAGCCGUGCGUGCACCUUUCGGCGGCAUCGUUGAAGAUGUGCACCAGGAAAUUGGCGAUUACGUCAGCCCCGGCGCCAACUGCGCCACUGUUGUUGACAUGGAUCCGAUGUUACUGGUGGGCCGGGUAUCAGAACGGGACGUGAUAAACCUGAGUAUUGGCCAGUUGGCGACUGGCUAUUUACGCAACGGCGCCUCAGUCACCGGACCGGUUACAUUUAUCGGCCAGCUCACAGACCCAACAACCCGGACCUAUGCCGUUGAAAUCGAACUUGCCAACCCGGACCGGUCACUUCGCUCUGGAAUCACCACUGAAAUUCACAUCCCGGUGGAAACGGUUCUUGCACAGAAAAUCAGCCCGGCGCUGAUCAGCCUGGAUGACGCUGGCGAAAUCGGCAUUCGAACCGUUAACGAAAACAAUGUUGUUGAGUUCCACCAUAUUGACAUUCUGGCUGAUGCCAGCGAUGGCAUCUGGGUCCACGGCCUGCCUAACCGCGCCGGUGUUAUUACUGUCGGUCAGGAACUGGUCACUGCUGGUGAACGCGUUGACCCGGUAUUUCAAAACAAUGGCUCGCUCAAAGCAGAGACACUGCCCGAACCCGCAGAGGCCAAAUUAGUCUCGCCGCGCACCACACUGUCCUCUGCUAACGCCCAACCGAUUUAA